AUGUUGGAGUUGGAUUUGGCUGGGGUGGCGGCCGUUGUAGAUGUUGUUGUUGUUAUUGUUGUGUUUGCAGGAGUACACUCUGGAGGUGCGUUGGUACAGGUCACCUUCAACAUUUGGUCUGCCUUCUUCUUCAAAUCAUCCAUUGUUAUACGAGGCAAUUGA